AGGAGUGAGGGAGAAAUAUAGCAGAUGGAUGUUUCAUGUUUGGGAAUGCUAGUGGAAACUGUUAAAUAAAGUGCACCGGGUAAAAUGGGUCAGCAAUCAAGCAAGACAAAUGUUAAUUCGCACAGAAGUCUUGCUAAUGAUGAAGAAAAAGCACUUCUGUCUUAUUUUAAGACUAUUUGUAAAGGAAAGAAACAUGCAAAUAGAGAAGACUUUAAGUCAGCAUGGAGUGAAGGUGUAGACGCACAUCUCUCGCAAACACUUCUGAAUUAUUUGUUUGAAGAUAAUUCAGAUGUAAAUUUUGAAAAGUUUUUAGAGCCUCUUCUGUAUGUAACAAGAGGGAGUGAAGGUGAGAAAAUAACUGCUGUUUAUAGAAUGCUUUCAGCAGGAAGCAAAGAAAUUAAACUGUCAGCAAUAUAUGAGUACGUGGAACACAUUUUUACGUCAUAUAUGGAAACAUACAGAAGCAAGAAAACAAGAAACUUUGAAUCUUGGAAAGUGGGCCAGAACAUAAUUAUACAGUCAGAUCAGCUCCAGGCACUAGUGAAACAUCUGUGCAAAGAUUUGCCUGUGUGCAGUGAGGUCUCUCUUUCAGAUUUGACUACUUGGGUGACAUCAUGGAAUUUGUUGUUCACUAUUCUGCAGAAAGUAGUUUUUAAUAAGAUAUACAAUAUUCUAGACGAAGAUACAAUGGAAAGGUACAACACAAUUCCAUUUUGGAACAGGAUCAUAAGUGAUAAGUCCCCAUCAGUACUGUCGUGGCCAAGCAUUGUAUUCUUGAAUGCUGGACUUCCUUCCAAGCUUCAGAGUGAGUGGAGGCUACUGUUCUCGACUGUUGCGCAUGGUGAAAGUUUCUCAAAACUUAUUGGCUGCAUAAUGAACAAGGGACCUACAAUUGUCAUUGUCAGAGAUAGAGAUGGGCAUGUUUUCGGAGGUUUUGCAUCCAGCAGUUGGACCCUAAGCCCAAAUUAUGUUGGUGACGAUAGCAGUUUCUUGUUCAGUAUAUUGCCAGUGAUGGAGAGGUUUGAGCCUACGGGCUACAAUGAUCAUUAUCAGUACCUUAAUGUCCAGCAACAGACUUUGCCAAAUGGUCUAGGGAUGGGUGGACAACAUAAUUAUUUUGGAUUUUGGCUUGAUGCUGAAUUUGGAAGUGGUCACUGUAGUGAAACAUGCACAACUUACAGAAAUUAUCAUAUGCUCUCUGCUCAAAAAUGCUUUCAAAUAGAGCAUGUAGAAGCCUGGGGAGUAGGCCCAGAACCAGAAGUGGAGGAAGAGUCCAAAGGGCGAAGUGUUCUAGACACACAAACAGAAGCUCGUGCAGUUAUGGAAAUGGCAGGAAAAGUACAGUACAGUGAUGGUUAUCGUGAGCCUGAAGAAGACUAAGGCAGAAACUAGUUUAAUAUUUAUUGUAUUUAUACCCUGAAACCGUAGUUACCAUUAUUGUCAGUUUACUUUCAUAUGAAAUGUGAUUCUAUUGUGAUGAAGGAAUGGAACAAUUUUAGUAUUUUUAUUACUACUAUCAUCAUCUGCCAUAAAGGAACAAAUGCAGCAACAAUGACACAUUUCAGCUUUUCAAAGUGUUUCUUCUUAACAUGAUAGUUAUAUAAGCUAGUUGAAUUGUACUACAAAAAUGUUGGGAAGAAAAGGAAUAAUCACACCAAAUCAUGGUGUAAGAAAAGAAUUUUGGACUUUAAAGUAAUUAUGCUGUUCCAUCCUACCAACAGUUGCAUGUCUUGCCUUCUACUGCUAGUUAAUGCUUGUCUUCUAUGUUGUUCUGUCAAGGUAACAUCUUACUGUUUGCAUGUAUGCGUUUUGCUGCUGCGUACCCUCUUAUUUGAGAAGUAGGUAAGUCAUAUAUCUUCUGUUUCAUCUAGUCUUCAUAUUCAUUUUUUAAUUUUAUAGUUAGCUCUCAUGGUUUCAUUCCAUCAUCAUUAUAGACCGACAAAUACCUUUUCUAUGAAAAGCUUUAGAAACAAGUAAAAUCGAUAUUUUUAAAAUCUGAGUGGUUCAGAUUUUGUAUCUUUUUUUCACAAGUUAAUUGCAUUUAUACCUUGUAAUGGUUUCUCACAUUCAGUGUAUGGAAAAGCAUGAAUCUGGAAGAUAAGUGCACAAAUGAUGGCAAACAUAAUGUUUUUAUAUUUUUCCAGAAUGAGAUUUUCACUCUGCAGCGGAGUGUGCGCUGUUAUGAAACUUCCUGGCAGAUUAAAACUGUGUGCCCGACUGAGACUCUAACUCGGAACCUUUGCCUUUCGCGGGCAAGUGCUCUACCAUCUGAGCUACCGAAGCACGACUCACGCCCGGUACUCACAGCUUUACUUCUGCCAGUAUCUUGUCUCCUACCUUCCAAACUUUACAGAAGCUCUCCUGCGAACCUUUUUAUAUAAAUUUUUAAAUGGUUUCAGAGUUUGGUGCUGUAAUCGGUGGCUAAUGUAAUUGGGUUAGAGUUAGUUUUUUAUUAGUAAAAAAAUUGUAUUUUUGAAGUAUUAACAACUGUCAAUAUUUAUACUUAAAAAAACUUUCUUAAAAAAUAAAGAAAAGCUAUUUAUUUA